GGAACGGUAGAUGCCUGCUCGGCUGACAAGAUACCGUAUUUAUUGUCCAGACCGCCUCGAUUCAAGGGCGCGCGACCUCGUGCCUGCCACCCGACGUGUGAGGACAUGUCUUGAGCCGCCGUCAUCCGGCAUCACAGAGGCUCAGCACCUGACAACAAUCACCUGCAACAUCCGCCAGAGCCGACCAUGUCGUCCGAGCUGAAACAACGCAAGACCGGCAGCGAACAGAAUGGCCCUGUCGCGGCCCCGGAGCCUCGCAAGUUGACCAUGGAGGAAGUCGUCGGCCCAUCGCAACAUGGACCGCCCAUGCAACUGUUGCGAAUCGUCGCGUUCGGCGUCUACUUCUUGGGCUCCUGCCUCUUCCUUCACGCCGCCCAACUGCUUGCCUGGCCGCUCUAUUUCUUCAACAGAGUCGCCUUCUACGACUACAUGUCCCUUACUAAAUCGUAUUUCGGCGUCCUCAUCACAACCAUGACUCGCCUUUGGAGCCCGACUGUUAUUCGAGUCAGCGGCGACAAGAGCAUGAAAGGCCUCUUGCACCAGAAAGGGCAGCAUGGUAUGCUGGAAGUCGACUUCGGCGAGAGGGUCAUCCUCAUCGCAAACCAUCAAAUCUAUACCGACUGGCUGUAUCUCUGGUGGAUUGCCUACACCAAUUCGCCGCCUACUCACGGACACAUCUACAUCAUUUUAAAGGAAAGCCUACGAUACCUCCCAAUGAUGGGCCCGGCAAUGAUGUUCUUCAACUUCAUCUUCAUGUCUCGAAAAUGGGCCAAAGACCAAGCUCGUCUUCGCCGCCGAAUCCAAAAACUGAAUACUAAAGGCGGGCAAACGCCGGACGGCAAACAACACCUCGAUCCCAUGUGGCUCUUGAUCUUCCCCGAAGGCACCAAUCUCAGCGCCAACACCCGCAAGGCUUCCGCCCGCUAUUCCGCCAAAAGCGGCAUUCCCGAUAUGAAGCACCAAGUUCUGCCUCGCAGUACGGGCCUGCAAUGUUGUCUGCAGGGAUUGCACACGACGGUCGAUUACAUCUACGACUGCACCAUUGCCUACGAAGGCAUUCCUCCCGGCGGCUACGGCCAAGACAUCUUCACGCUGCGCAGCGUCUACUUCCAAGGUCGCGCGCCCAAAUCAGUGAAUAUGCAUUGGCGACGCUUCGCCGUCAAAGACCUGCCCAUCGACGACGCGGAUGCCAUGGGCGAUUGGAUCAUGCAACGGUGGCGGGAGAAGGAUGAGUUGAUCGAAGCAUUCCAUCAAACCGGCAAGUUCCCCGCCGAUCUUGAAGCGGUGCAGAUCGAGGGCGCGCCGUCGGAGAAGCAGUUCAAGACUGCAUACAUCAAUACACAAGUCAUGCCGCGCAACUCUUUUGAGUUCUUGGGGAUGUUUGUGCCAGUCAUCGCGGCGACGAUGGUGGGCAGGAUCGGCGUGCGGUUUUUCGAUCAAUUCCUUGGGACGAAGCCGCUUUUCGGCGGUUGAGUGCACCCUACCAGGAUUGCUAGGUCUUGCGUCUCAUUACUCGAAGGAGGAACGUGACGUGCAUGAAGAUACCCGUUAGGUUUUAUACUUUUUGUAUUGUGGAGU